AUGGCCCCAAGAAAGGCCAGAGCCUCUAAGAAGGCCAAAGUGGUAGAGACACCAGAGCCCAGCAUAGAAGCUGGAGCAGAGACAAGCUUGGCUGAGGUAGAAGCCGUUGGCCGCCCACGAAGAGUGGGUUGUCUGAUGCUGUUUGUCGGCAACCACGAAGACAAGGGAGAAGAUGUCGACUACUGGCGUGUACGGCUAGGUUGGGCAGGAGACGAAGAGCCCCGUGAUAUCUACCACCGUUACGAGGCGGUUGGAGACCCCACACAAGCCGGAGAGGAUGCGCAACUCCCUCCCCUCCGGUUUGUGUGGGUGUUUGAGACAGGAGAAUGGGUUGACAAGGCAGUAAUGCUGCGAGAGAGGGCACAGAAGGCGCAGAAGGAAGAGGAAGAACGGCAGGCAGCGAGCCUCGCAGCUAGUGCAGAAGCAAAGACAGGCCGUGGAGGGUAUCGCCGAGCACGAGCUCAACCUGUUGCCUCUGAUGCAGCUCCUGAUGCAGGCCAUCAGGAUGCUGCUAAAAGGGUAGAUGCUGAAGGGAGAGCGGAAGGGGAAGAUGGUGCUGGUCACCAACCGCCGUCUGAACCUGAGGUGAAGAAGAGAGGUAGGAAACCGGUAGCAGCAAAGGCAGCUCCCAAACGUAAAAGGGGCCAGGACGAUGGCAAUGAACAGGCCAAGGAGCCUGCGGCGAAGCGAAGGAUUAAGACAACUCAAGCAUGA